UCAAAAUACCAAAUACGGUCUUCUUUCAUGGAUGAUAUUUACUCGGCACCAGUGUUCCCGGAACUCAUUUAUCUUAUCAUUCCUAAAUCGUUUAAUUUAGCAACCAACUUGUUUCGCUCAACGAAAGAUUGCAGUAAUCGGUCCCGCCCGGUUCCGCCUCGCAAGUCACAAAGUACGAUAGACCAAUCAACGGUCUUUCGCGGUUAGAUUUCAAUACCUAUGAGGCAGCAUGGCGGAGCUCAAUACGAGUGUUUGUAUCUCAGGAUUUGUUCUCGGGUCAUUGAUGUUUCAGCACUUCAACAAUGACUCUGAUGUAGAAGGGUUCAUUCUUGGGGAGUGCAAAGCUGAAGAACGGAGCAAUAUCACAGACUCCCAGAUAGAUAAUAUUCAAUUUGAACACUUAAUAAACAUCGAAAAACACAUUUCCUGUCACAGACUCAGGAGUUUUUAUAAUAACACUGGAGAGGUGAACCAGGAUGACAUUCAGCGUAUUUUGUCCUCUUGUAAGGAGGAGAGAGUGAUUGGUUGGUACAGACAGCGGAGGAAUACAGAACAGCGAAUGACCUUUAGGGAGCAGUUGGUCCAUCAGAACUUGAAGAGAGCGCUGUCCAAUCACGAGCUGGUCUUCCUGCUUCUGACGCCAACUGAGGCCACACCUUCUGGCUCCACACACCGCCUGGAGUACUCUGUGUACAGGUCACAUGGAAGCCAGUAUCAUAAUCUCCCUGUCCUGGUCAGUAACCUGGGGAUGCUGGAGCAGCAGGACUACUGGCACUCGUCUGUACCCUGUUCCUCCUUGAGCUACAGCCAGGCAGUGAAGAAACACAGGUCCAAGUUCUUCUGCUUAGAUGGGUCCCUGAGCGAGGUCAACGAGGUGAACAACAUGAACGACACCCUGCAGGCUGAGCUUCAGGCCGCCUGUGCGGAGGUGGAGAAGAGUGAGCGCUCCGUCGAGAAGCUGCUGGCAGAUAUCUCUGCUCUCAGGAAAGCGGUCACUGAGAAGAAGUGGAAGCACGCUUCUGAAAAAGAUCAGCAUCCAGCCUCAAACCCGCUGCAGGAGAAUGUGAUGCUGUGCGAGGCCAUGAGGACUCUUUUCCCAGAAUCCCCUCUGAUGCGGACCCAGGCGCUCACCUUCAGGGGUGCCCCGGCGGCGGAGUUCUGCUGCGGCGCCGAUCACGGGUUCGACAUCUCCGCGUCUCUGCCCCUGAUCCUGACCCACUGGGACGCCCACGCUAGGAAGUGGACAGGCAGGAAGGCGCGGACCUGGGGCAAACGCCGCCUCACAGACACGUCCCAGCCAACAAAGAGGAAGAGGAGGGGCGUGGCCGAUACGGACAGCGAAGGGCCACUGACAGUCAGCGGGUCAGAGACCGAGGAUGAGCUGCUGGCCUCUCAGCACGAGAACCGCCAAGUGUCCAACUCCCCAGUGUUCUGAUGACACCCAAUGCCAUUAUGCCUUCAGGUUUCCUCACCUUUUCGGCAAAAGCUUAAACAGAUUUACAGACAUGCAAUUAACGUUCUAAAACAAGAUGCUGACUAGACUACCUUUUUAAUUUCAAGUUGUGUGCAUGAUAAUCAAGGAUGGUUUUAAAUGAAAGCAGCCUUUAAAAAAGGCAGCAGAAGCAAUGUCCUCAUUGGUUACAGUACUCUAAACUGGAGCAGACAGCCAGGAAAACGGGUCUGCAUUAGUCCAGUCAGCUUCAAAUGAAAAGAUUUCAGUCACACUAGAACUGUACCCAUCAAGGAUACAUGUGAAGCCUGCAGCUGUAGCUCAUGAACUAACAAAUAUUUAAGAGAAGUUGACAUAACACCCUAAAACAGAGCAGCACCUUUGAGUUGUAUAUUUUGACACUUAAGUUUGGCCUUGUUUAUUCUCAGCAUCAGUAAGGUUUACAUCGCUUUAAUUUCAUAUAAUCAAAGGUCUUUGCUUAGCUGGUUUGCGGACAUUUAUGGCUGUCUGCACUCUCCUGAACCGACUGUGGAAAUUCUAGAAAUGGGUGCAGAGGAAUAUGAUUGGGCAUUUCAAAUUGUAAGAAAUGGGGAAAAUUGCAUUUCAGAAAAAAAAAUUGUUUAAAUUAGGCUUUCCCUUUCAGUUAAAGAAAAAAGCUGUACUGUAUAAGAUAUAAGAUGACAUGAUUAUAUAAAUUAAAUUAGUCUUUCAAACAUCUGACCUUCCAUAAUGUGUUCUCAGACACCAUAAUGCAUGAUAAAUGUUUAUUAACUUUAACAAAGCCAAUUAAAUUAUUUUAAAUGACUGGAGUCAUACAGUAAGCAAAUCCUUUCAUAAAACAUUUUGUACAAUUGAAUGCAGUUAUUGCAGUAUCACAGAUGGCAUUUGACUAGCUGAGGAGGCUACUCCGGAUGUUUGAUAUUGCAGAUGUUGGGGUCUCGCAGGAAGGUGGGGUCUUUCAAUGUCACCGACAUAAAACCUGCCAAGAAAAAAUGUUCAGGUAUUCAUUCAUGAAUGAUUAUCCCACAACGCACCUUGUGUUACUGUUUGUGUUCUUUUUACUGGCUGUUUCAGUUGCAGAUAUUUUUGAAUGCUUUUCUCUUUUGUUCAGAAAUUAUCUUCAAUAAAUUUUUGAAAAAAAUAAAAAAACUAUCAAACUUAAA